AAUAGUCCGGGGUUUUCAUAUACUUGGAUCUUUUCUACUUACAAAAAAUAUUUUAAUCAUGAGCUGUGGAAAUCACUUUGUGGCAACUCUUAAGAAAAUUGGAUAUCCAAAAGCUGAUGAGCUUAAUGGAGAAGAUUUUGACUGGAUGUUUGAGUCUGUGGAAGACAAAUCAUUUCUGGAGUGGUUUUGUGGAAAUGUAAAUGAGCAGCAUGUGGUGUCUGAAAAAGAACUGCAAGAUUUUAAUAAUCUUCUUGAAUCUGGUAAGCCCAUUUUAGAAGGAGAUGCACUGGAUGAAGUUCUUAAAACCUGUAAGCCCUUGGAUUCAAAGAGCAAUAGUCAGGGGGAGGAAGAAGAGGAGGAGGAACUUAAAAAAUUAGAGAAUGAAUUUCAAACUCUUCAGAAAAUGAAAAAUCUUAACAUUCAUCGAUGUAAUAAGCUUCAAAUGAUGGCUUCUACAAACAGCCAGAUGUUACAGGCAUUAAAAGAUGAAGAGGAGGAAGCACUUAAAGCUGUGAAAGAAGGACUGGGAGCGCUUACUGCAGCAAAUAGUAAGCUUAAUAAUGAACUACUGUCUCUUAUUGAUGGAGUUAAGAAACUAGCCUCUUUCUUUACUGCUUCAGAUUCAGAACAAGGAUUAGGUCCAUAUCCAGUGUUUUUUUCCCAGCUUUCUUUGGACAAGUAUUUGUCUUGGGAAGAACAAAGCACUGCAGCACUUACCUCAUACACAAAAAAACAUUUUUUUCAAGGUAUGUCUGAGUUAGUUGAAAGUUCACAUGACGAAAACUUUCAGCUUGGGGAUGUAAGCAAAGAAUUGACUUGUGAUGGAAGUAAUGAAGUUCGUGAGGAAAGUCGUGAGAUGGCUCAGCUGCAAACAGCCUAUAUUUCUGUUCAACAUCAGCUAAUUCAAAUGAAGGCUAAAGAAGAGAGCAUGAAUUCAGCUAUACGUUGUGCAGAGAACAUGCUUCGUUCCUUAAAGACCAAGGGUAUUGAAAAAGAAGACCUUGUGGCCAGAAUACCUGGUUUAAAUAAUGAAAUUUCAACACUUAAAAAACAGAUAGCUCAGAUAAACAACGAAGAUCUACCUUUCCUUUUGAAAGAGAAUGCUCGACUGUGGACUCUGCCAGUGGUAAAAGGAGACUUUGAUUGUCAGAUUGCUGAGCAGGAGUACUACGCUUCAAGACAAGAUGAAAUAUGCCACCAUUUGAUAAGACAGAAAGCAUCACUUGAACUUAUUGAGCUAGCUUACAAAAUUGAAUUGAAGGAACAUAAAGACUUACAUUGUCAAAUUGAAAAUUUGGUAGAGUAUCUGAAACAGAGCAGUAAUGAGUUGGAGCAGAGACUUCAGACAAUGUCUGAGCUAGCUCAACAUGGAAAGCCAGGGAAAACUAUUGAUUCAAAUGAUGGUUUCUCUCGGAGACUAUACCAGCUUCUGGAAGGAGAAAAUAAGCAGCAACAAUUGUUUAAAACUUACGAAAGACUUGAGCAGAUGGCUCAGAAGUUGAAGCAGGACUGUGUUACAGUACAAGAUCAGCUAGCAGUGUCUUCUCAAGAACAGUCUGUCUUCCUGUCUAAGCUAGACAGUGAUAUAGAUACCCUUUGUGAUACUCUGUAUUGUGGAGGAAAUCAAAUAUUGCUUAGUAGUCAGGAACUUACUGAGCAGUUUCAUCAAAUGGAAGUUCAUUUAAAUGAAUUAAAUCAGCUCAUUAUGGAUCUUCUUGCUGAUGUAAAGGCAAAGAGAAACUUUUUAGAAUCUAAUAAGUUGCAUCAGAUGGAAAGAAACUUGUAUGUAUAUUUUUUCAAAGAUGAAGACCACUUGAAAGAGAUGGUGGAGAAGCUCGAGCAACAGUCUAAGGCUAAAACCAGUGGUCUAGAAGAUUCAAGUUUCUCAACCAGUGAAGUUCUUGAUAUUUAA